ACGGUCUACGUGUAUUCUAUCUUUGUCAAUCCAAUUUCUUACAAUUGUCAGACUGCUGUCAUUUUACUAUAUAAGCGCAUUUUAAUAAUAAGUUAUAUCUAUCAUUUUCAUUAAGUACAGAAUCAUUUCUGCUGUACAAGCUUUACAUAAGUUGUCAUAAUGGCGGAUUCUAAAUAUUCUGAUUUACCUGGAAUUGCAUAUGAUCAAGUUGAUGUUUAUGAAACAACUGAUUUACCAGAGUCAGAACAAUUUGAAAUUUACUCAGAGGAUGAAUCAGAUUCCAUAGAAAAGUUACAUAUAAAUGCUAGAGAAGCUUUUAGUAAAUUUAGGACCAAGACAGUAGGAGAUACAAAAGUUGACUUUUCAGAUUCUAUUUCGCGUAAAUCAAGAACAGGUUACAAGUUUAGAGAUUAUGAACUUCCAGGUGAAGAUGAAAAAGAAACACCUAUUCAAAAAUAUCAACGCUUACAAUGCGAAGUAAAAGAAUUGUAUGAAGAAAUAAAUGCAUUGAAGGAAAAUGCAAAAGAAGAAAAUGAAGAAGUUAAAUCUGCAAUAGAUAUAAUUUCUCAAGUGGAGCAGUUAGGAAAAGAAAUAAAUGAUCUAAAAUUAGAGGAAUCUCUUGGUUCUGGUCUUAUGGAACUACUUUCAGAUCCUCAAGGAGCUAGAUUAAAGCAACUGAUAUCACAAAUAGAAGUAUUUAGAAACACUGGCAUUUCCAAGUCAGAAACAGAGAUAAAACCAGAUAUCACAGAAACAAAAGAAAUAUCUCCAUCUGGUGUUUUGGAAUACAAAAUGAUGUAUCUUCCAGAAAAAGCUAAGAUGCAAGAAAUUGCAAGAAUCGUGCAAUUAGAACAAAGAUUAUGUUGUCUUGAAAGUGUCAUUGGUACAUCUAAUGAAAAUUUUUCUGUUUUUUCUCGGAAUUUAAAAUGUCAAGGUAUAAUGGAUGCAGUACAACAACUAAGUGCAAAAGCUGCACUUUUAGAUACAAGUCAGCUAGAUGCCAUCGAAAGUAGAUUAUCUGCUUUGAUUUACAGGAUUGAUACUAUUGCUCAGAAGAAAUCUACUUUGACUCCUGAUUCAGAAUUAAAACAAAAGAUCGAAGAAAUGUAUAAAAUAGUAAAAAAGACAGAAAGUAUGUCAGAUAUUUUACCCCUAACUAUAAAUCGAAUGACAUCUUUGAGUACUAUACAUGAACAAGCUGCAAACUAUAGUAAGGCAAUGAAACAGUUUGAAGAUCUACAGAAACAAAAUACUCAAUUUAUGGACAGCAAUAAAUGUUUACUCGCGGGUGUACAAGAAAGUUUUGCAUCAAAUUUAGAAGUUAUAAAAAAUAAUAUAACGUCGCUUUCUGAACGUGUUGCAAAGCUUGACAAGUAAUCAAUAGCAGCUAAUUAAUCAUUUUAUUAAAAUUAUCAACGUUUUUAUAUUUAUUUAUUAAAACUAUAAAAUAGUAAAAAUUGUCAAUACUAUGUAUUAAUGUAAAAUAAAUUAUAUUCCUUAAAUUAA